CGUACAAGGUCCGACUCAAUCAAUAUAUGCAUUGGUCCAAAUCUGAUCUGAUACCGAAAAACCCGAACUCCCGAAAACCAAUCAUGUCAUACUACCCGAAAGGUCACCACUACGAAUCUGGAGACGACGUCGAUGACUUCGACGACUACGAUCCCACCCCAUACGGUGGAGGCUACGACAUGGCCCUCACCUACGGCCGCCCUCUCCCUCCAUCGGAGGAAAUCUGCUACACUUCCACCUCCACUUCCUCCUCUGGCUUUGACUAUGAAACCUCCAACUACUCUUCCUACUCCGAGCCAACUGCUUACGGCGAAGAAGCUCUUGACAAUGAAUACAAGAGCUAUGUUCGACGCAAGCCUCAUGGAGGCGUGAGUCAUCAGCCCGGUGGCGGUUAUGGCGGUGGAUCUGGUUACGGUAGGCAGGAGGAGCCGGUUUCCGAGUAUGGAUCUGGUUAUGGCCGGAGGCAAGAAGAGGAUCCGAAUCCGGAGUACGGAUCUGGUUAUGGCCGGAAACAUGAGGAUCCGAAUCCGGAGUACGGAUCUGGUUAUGGACGUCGUCAGGAGGAACCGGUUUCAGAGUAUGGAUCCGGUUAUGGCCGUAGACAGGAGGAGCCGGUUUCGGAGUAUGGAUCCGGUUAUGGUCGUCGACAGGAGGAGCCAGUUUCGGAAUACGGAUCCGGUUAUGGACGUCGGCAGGAGGAGCCGGUUUCUGAAUACGGAUCCGGUUAUGGCCGUAGGCAAGAGGAGCCGGUUUCUGAAUAUGGAUCUGGUUAUGGAAGGAGGCAGGAGGAACCGGUUUCUGAAUAUGGAUCUGGAUACGGGCGGAUGCAAGAGGAGCCGGUGUCUGAAUAUGGAUCUGGUUAUGGCCGGAGGCAGGAGGAACCGGUGUCUGAAUAUGGAUCUGGAUAUGGUCGUCGACAGGAGGAGCCGGUUUCUGAAUAUGGAUCGGGUUAUGGGAGGAGGACUGAGGAAUAUGAGAGACCUAGUUACGAAAGGCGUGAUGAUGAUGAGGAUGAAGAUCGUGGUGGCCGUAAGAAAUAUGGAGAUGAUGGUUCUGAUGAUGAAGAUGAUGAGAGGAAGAAACACAGGCACCACCACCGCAAGCACUAUGAUGAUUGAGAGCUAAAGUUUGGUUUGUUGGAUUGAUUGAUGCUUCUCCAUAUGCUACUAGUAUGAAUAAAGGGGUGGCAUUUUAUACUUGUGAUGUUUCAUGUACUUCCAGCACAAAAAACUGGUUUAUGUCUUUUAUAUGUGAUUGUGUGUCUUUGCUUGUGUUAUAAAACUGUUUGGUUUGCUAUGGUUUGGUUUUUAUUAAUAAAAUCCUAAAUUCUUGCGGUGUGUGAUCAUCGAGAC